CACAGCGUCAACACACGCAGAAGUACGACCCCGCGUAAUUUGAAGGGUAAUUUUAGGACUAAGUUAUGAGAUCUGAACGUCAGUCUAUUUUCCAAUUGAGUAUUUUGUCUUUGUUCAGUGUAAUCUCCAUUUGUUUGCUGAGUUCCGCAGAGUUCCACACGUUCUGCAAGUUCCGCAAAAUGCAGUUACUUUAUAGACCAACACAACAGGUACAACGUAACUGCUGAGUGCUGGCAGUCCAUGCGCUGCAUACAGUGUGCAGUCGCAUGUUUACCUAUAUACGUGUCAAUGUGAGUAGUGUGACUUUACUGACCAAACUCCAAGAAUGGAUGCCAGACUCAGUUUCUUACCCAGGCAUCUCAGACAAAGUUUAAUGCCUUUCCAAAAAGAGGGAGUCCUGUAUGCGCUACAAAGAAAUGGCAGAUGCCUCUUCGGAGAUGAAAUGGGGCUUGGUAAGACCAUCCAAGCUAUCAGUGUGGCCUACUUCUACAGAUCAGAGUGGCCCUUGCUCAUUGUUGUGCCGUCCUCUAUGCGUUAUCCGUGGAUUGAAGAGUUAGAGAGGUGGUUACCAGACCUCCAGCCAACUGACAUGAACUUGAUCUCUUCUGGGACCGAUGUAAGGAACAUACCAAAAUGCAAGGUUUCCUUAGUCGGGUAUGGAUUGCUGCGUAACGACAGCCAGACCUUGGUGAAAGCACUGACGGACCAGACGUUCGGGGUUGUGAUCGUCGACGAGUCUCAUUACAUGAAGAACAAGAAAGCGGCGCGCACCAAGCUACUGGUUCCCUUGCUUCAAGCGGCUACGAGGGUUAUACUGCUGACUGGUACUCCGGCUCUAGCGAGACCAGCCGAGCUGUUUACGCAGAUUGACAGUUUGCAGAAGGGGCUUGUGGGUAGCUGGUCGCAGUUUGCAAAGCGGUACUGCAACGCUCGCUGGAGACAUUUUGGAAAACAGAGAACAUGGGAUACAUCAGGUGCUUCAAAUCUCGAUGAACUGCACAAGCUUCUAGUCCAAUCAGUCAUGAUACGAAGGCAGAAAAAACAGGUUUUAACCCAACUGCCACCGAAGAGAAGACAGAAAGUGCCAUUUGAGUUGGCUGACUCCGUGGAGAAAAAGGAACUGGAAAAAUGCUGGACUGAACUGGACAAAGUGAUGAACCCCCAGUCAGCAGCUGCUGUGGAAGAACUGAGCAACAGAAGCUUUGAGGUGAAGAAGCUUGCCACACAGAUGUAUAACUUAACGGGAAAAGCCAAGAUAGGCGCUGUGUGUGAGUACAUCAAGAUGCUUCUGGAGAACCAGGACUUGAAGUUUCUCGUCUUUGCUCAUCACAAGGAGGUCUUGACCGCCUUGGCACAGACGGUGACUGCCUACGCUAAGGAGCAUAAGACACAACUCAAGUAUAUCAGGAUCGAUGGCGAUGUACCAAGCAUCGAAAGAAUGCAUUUGGUGAAACAAUUUCAAAAUGACGACGACACGAAGGUAGCCCUACUAAGCAUCAUGGCAGCUGGAACAGGUUUGACCUUGACGGCAGCUGCCCAGGUUGUGUUCGCUGAGCUGCACUGGACGCCGGGCGUCCUGGAACAGUGCGAGGAUCGAGCCCAUCGCAUCGGCCAACACAACGCAAUCCAUGUCCAUUAUUUGGUUGCCAGGGGAACCAUUGACGAAUGGCUGUGGUCUGCCUUAUCCAGGAAGGUCAAUGUCUUGAGCAGUACCCUGAAUGGACGGGUCCAACACUUGAGGAUGGAGGAAAAAGGAGGCGAGGAGGUGGAGUUCCUCAAACACGCUGCAGCUUGGUUGCCUAGCAACCGAGACCUGGAAGAUGAUGACAGUUUCUACUUUGACAACAAGAAAACGAGUCACGACAUCCGCACGUUCUUCACACCCAGUCAGAGCGAUAGCACCAAGCAAAGAAAACGUAAGCGUCCAUCAUCGAGUAAACCCGCAGAAACACCACCGAAUCCUCACAAGACAGAGACCAUCUGCAUUGAUGAUGAUGAUGAUGAUGACUUCAAAGUUGCCAAGAAACACAAGCCGUCUUGUGACCGGAGCCCUAAAGAGCUGUUUUCCGAUGACGCUCAGCCUGUCAAUACGACAGUUUGCCCAACACCUGGUGCUGCCACUAGAAAGUCACAGAAAACAACUGCUAAGGAUGAAAUCACUGCGUCGGCAUCCUCGAAGGAUGAAGUUGUUGUAUCGCAUCAAUUUAUAGACAACUUGCCAGAGAUGAAAAGUAACAAGAAACGUCAGCGACGUUCCAAAGACAAGACGGAAAAUGCUUGUUCAGAUUCUCAGUCAGAGAGACUUCCUGACUUUGAUUCGAAGUUAGAAGAUCCGAGCGCGUCUCCCCAAAAGAGCAACCAAUCAAAAAGAGAACACUGUACACCUAGUUCAUCCAGGAAACCGCAAGAGGAGAAUGCAGUGAGAAAUAUGGACACCCCCUCGCCACGUAACUUACCGGCCCAAAAGUUUAACACCAAUGAAAGCUGGAGUUGUUGCGCUUGUACAUUUGAGAACCAUGCCGAAUUGCCUUUCUGUGAAAUAUGCAGUACGCCAAGAAAGACUUCAAGAAGCCGGUCAUCAGAGCCGUUAAGAAGAGAUCUCUGCUUGGAACAGGGCAAGGUGCAAGACAGCAGUGAUGGAAAGGAAAGAAUACCCAAAAGUGAGCAGUCAUCAUCCACAACUCCGCAAACAUCUGCAUCAUCUGUUGCAAACAGCACUGGAAGCAGUUCUGUGAAAGUAACAAAGCUUGAGAAACAUGCUGCGUGUUCCAAUCACCCAAAGCCCCCCAGCACUGUAGAAAAAACUUCACAAACACGGGAGACAUACACUGAUGACAACAACUCCCUGAGCUCUGACUCUGAGGCCACAGCAUCUUAUGACUUGCCUAGGGAGCCUCAUGACAUCUCACCCAGUCCCACAAGCUCUACCCACGAAUGCUCCUCAGAAAUUGAGAUUCCAACCAAGUGUCCCAAACCAAAGAAAGUUACAGCUAAAAACCAGGAUCAUUCCAAAGACUUGAAAGCUACUAGUGAUUCUGCCAUUAUGUCUGAAGAAAGCACAUCAGAGGAACAUUGGACGUGUGAUGAUCCCUACUGCGGAUACCUCAACGCUGAUUAUGAUACUGAAUGCGAAGUAUGUUGGAGCCCCAGACCAAAGCCGAAGUCCGACAAAUCUCCGCGAGAUUCACUCAGUCCUGGAUUCAUCAAAGCGUCGGAGCUAAUUCAAUCAGACACGUGUAAGAAAGCAAACAGCGCAUCACCUGCAGAAUCUUUGACAUUCCAAGAUGCUGAAGACUUGACUGCCGAUGACUCGAGUCAGACAGAAUCUGAGCAGGAACCAGUAGUCUAUGACUCCUUCCUGUACUGUCCCAGCAAACAUACGGACAGGAUCUAUCUGUAUGACCAGGAUGGGACUGCUCUCAAUUGCAGCUUCCAAGCCAUCGAUCUUCAGCAUCGUGACUUGGAGUCGCUACCCAAAGCCCUUUGUCAUGAACACAACAUGCGUAUAGCACUACGCUUCCUCAGAGAGUGGAAUAGUUUGAAUGAAGUAAAGAGAAAACAGCUGAGGAAGACGGGUGAGGUGUUUGAUAGUCCUGUGGCAGCACUGGAAGCAUUGAAACAAGGACAGCAUUACCAGCCAUGCACUAAGAGAUACAUCACUAAGGUGGACUUGGCAGAAGCGGCGAGACAGAAGGCGGAAUCGCUCGGUGGAAGCCUGAGGGUCAUAUCCAAAGCAAAGCCAACCGCUAAAACAGCCAAGCGAAGAUUACAUCACCGUCCUGGCGAUCCAGGUCCGUCAAACCAAGAACAAGCAUCAUCGUGCCAAACCAGUGUAAAGUCUCCGACUACAAGACAUACCGGCAACAAACCCAGGGAGAAAGCUGGUCAUGUCAGCCAUGCCACCAGCACACACACUGCUGAUACUCAAGCAGGUUUGAGUUCUUCAACUUUGAAACAAAUACCAAGACCAUGCUCUGAUGAUAACGUAGCAUCUGUGGAGAGAGGAACCUAUGUUCAGGCUGUUGAUAGUGAAGGGCGCCCUCUAUGUGUGUUCUGCGGUAAGGCGACAGCAUCGAGCACUGAGGCAGAGACGCAUCAGAGUGCAGCGUGGGAUAUGCGAUACUGCUCGGAGAAAUGUAAAGACGAACACAACCUUCGAUGGAAGAACACCAAGUACAUACGGCAGCAGUUAUUGGAGGCAGAGCGUGGCGUCUGUCAGAUAUGUGGUUUAGAAGCCCAGCAGCUCUGCAAUAUUAUCAGAGAUGCAGCUAAGAGCGAGAGGAAGGAUUUGUUGGAGCGUAGUACGUUCUCCAAGAUGUCAACCCAGCGGUUGAAUGAGAUUAUUCGUAACCCCUCCUCUGGCCAGUUUUGGCAUGCGGACCACAUUGUCGCUGUGCAUGAAGGCGGCGGUCUGUGCUCGCUGGACAACUACCGCACACUGUGUGUCCUGUGUCACGAUGAGGUCACGGCCGCACAGAAUCGGAGACGAGUAAAUCGCAAUCGGGCUGUAGGCAUUCCGGAUAUCCGCUCCUUUUUUAAUUCUUAAAAAAAUCUGAAUAAUCUUAUACCCGUUUUUAAUAACACAGAUUUUUCCAGAGUCAAGAUUGGUUCAUACUUGACGCAAAGCAGAUGCAAAUUUGUGGACGCAAAUUUGUGAAUGCGAAUUUGUGAAUACGAAUUUGUGAAUGCAAAUUUGUGAAUGCGAAUUUGUGAAUGCGAAUUUGUGGACGCAAAUUUGUGAAUGCGAAUUUGUGAAUACGAAUUUGUGAAUGCGAAUUUGUGACAUCAGGGCAAGUAUUCGCUGUGCGAAUUUGCAGAAGUUGAACACAUAUCCGGUUUAUUUUGAACAUUUUAACUCCGGCGAAUUUCGCAGCGAACAUGUCCUGAUGCUAUUUUCACUUUUCUCAUUUGCAUAAAGUAUGUACCGGACUCCACAUCAUUUAUAAACCAUUAGGAGCUACUCAGAUUGACCAAAACAGAUUUUGGUUUCAGAUAAGCACGUUUUUUGCUCCAUUCCCCAAGUUAUGUCUAUUUUAAUAAACAGAUCACAAAAUUCAGCUGUCCACCACUGAUCAUUUACCGGUUUACGAACUGAUGACUACCAAUGAAACAUUUCCAACCUCCAUCGAUGAAUGACAACUUGCAAAGAAAAAUAUACAAAAAUCGGCAUUAACACUUCCGAAAAAAAAAUAGAGUUGACUUGUUCCUUAUAUUCAAAACACAAAAUCUGAAAGUAAAAAUAAUGCUUCAGUCUUGAUUUCAAUCAUUAAAAUCUCAUUUGUGUUUGAGUGCUUGUGUGUAAUCUGUACUUCUAACUAAGCUCAAUAGCUUCCAAUGGCAUUCCGUGGACAGCUAUAAAAAUGGGUUCGUUCAGUAAAACAUGGUUAACUUCUGAUAGCAUGGAUCAAUUUCAGUAAUUCUUUGUUUCAGAUGAAUGGAAGAAUUUGCUCUAUUAAGACACAGUUCAUUUGUGUAUCAAAUUUAAUUGCUUUUAAGGGGAAAAAAAUAAUCCGGGUCACUUCUUUUUGACUCGCCCCUGUAGAAUGCCGGUAUAAAAGGUGUAUUAGAAUAACAGCGAUGGAGUCUAGGGAAUGUUUCCGAGACAGUGCAGAUGAAAAGUUGCCAUAAUACUUGCCCAAGCUUACCAACUCCAUAACUCUUGCGUCAUUGACAUGUACGAUAUUCCCGCAUAGCUGCCGAAUAUUGCCAAAAACAUUUGUAAUUAUAACAGAUUAAUGUGAAAAAAAUGCAAAAAUCAUUCAUGAACGUUUUAUGAUGGUGUUUGGAAUUCAUACAAGAAUGACCCCCAGUGUACUCGUCUUGUUUUGAAUUCAAAUUAAUCCUGAAACACACAAUCAGUAGUUUACCUACCUAUAGCCAUUUAUUGCUGCUUCAAACUCCAUGCAUAUUUAUACACAUUAUUAUUCAUGUUAUGUGUGCUUGUACCAUGAUAUUGUAUGCUGAAGUACACUCCUAUUAAAUUGAAAAUCACCAUA